AUGCCUUCUUCGCAGUCUCGGUCGCCUAAACUCGAUCGAUCGCCAUCGCAAUUGAAGAAAAAUUCAGAGACUCAUAUCGGUCGGCCUCCGAAUGCAUUUAUGCUCUUCCGGGCGUGGUUCGUCGCAAGUCAACGGGUUCCUGCAAACGUAGAAAGAGACCCCAGAAAAUUGUCGUCGAUCAUUGGCGUUGUCUGGGAGAAUUUACCCCAAGAUGAACGACAAACCUGGUACGCUAAAGCAAACAUCGCCAAAGAAGAACAUAGGCGAAAACAUCCGGAUUACACUUUCAAACCA